AGUGGUGACAGGCGGGAAACGGGCACAGCGGACCCUGGUGGUGGACGGCGGCAUUACACCCGCACCUGUCCAUGGGUCACAUGAUUAGAUCACAUGACCAGAAGCGCAUGACCUCCACCUCCUGAGUGCAGUGAGUUGUAGCGCUGCCCCCUGUGCUGGAUGAGAUGGACCCGCUCUCUCCCUUCCUGCCCAGCGAGCACCAGCACGUCCGGUACAAUCCUCUCCAUGAUGACUGGGUCCUAGUGUCCGCUCACCGUAUGGGGCGCCCAUGGCAGGGUCAGCUGGAGAAGCCUCCGCAGGAAGAUGUUCCCAGACGUGAUCCCAGGAACCCGCUGUGUCCAGGGGCCCGGAGGGCGGGGGGGCAGGUAAAUCCCGACUAUACAGGAACUUUUAUCUUUGAAAAUGACUUCCCUGCCCUUCAGCCUGAUGCCCCCGAUCCUGGUCCCAGUGAACAUCCAUUACUCCAGGCGGGAUCUGCACGAGGAGUCUGCCAGGUCAUGUGUUUCCAUCCUUGGUCAGACAUCACCCUUCCUCUCAUGUCCUUGGAGGAGGUCCGGGCUGUGAUUGACAAGUGGGCGGAGAUAAACAUGGACUUGGGCACCACUUAUCCCUGGGUUCAGAUUUUUGAGAAUAAAGGAGCCAUGAUGGGCUGCUCCAACCCGCACCCCCACUGCCAGAUCUGGGCGAGUAAUUUCCUUCCGAACGAGGCCCAGACUGAGGACCGGACACAGAGGGAAUACCUGAAGAAACAUGGCACCCCCAUGUUAGUAGAGUAUGGAAGACUAGAGGAGGAGAAGAAGGAGAGGCUGGUGCUGAGUAAUGACCAUUGGCUGGUGCUGGUCCCGUACUGGGCAGUUUGGCCGUUUCAGACUCUUCUUCUACCGCGUCGUCAUGUGACCCGCCUCCAGGACCUCAGCGGCGCAGAAAGGGACAGUUUGGCGUCAAUCAUGAAGCGGCUGCUCUGCAAGUACGACAACCUGUUUGAGAUCUCCUUCCCGUACUCCAUGGGCUGGCAUGGGGCCCCAACGGGUAGUCACCUGAGUGAGGACUGCAGCCACUGGCAGCUCCAUGCUCACUACUACCCCCCGCUCCUGCGCUCCGCCUCCGUACGGAAGUUUAUGGUGGGAUACGAGAUGUUGGCCCAAGCUCAGAGGGACCUGACAGCGGAGCAGGCAGCCGAGCGUCUGAGAAACCUUCCUGAAGAACAUUAUAAGCUGAGGACAUCGGAGGCGCCCCCAAGUGGUGGAGCAGAGUAGUGACCCCGUAUAGGCAGCAGCAUGUCCUGUAUUUGUCUGUGUGUCAUCAGUCUGUCCGCUCUGUACAGUUAUAAGAGAAAUUAUACAAGAAAUGUUCUUAUUUCUACAUAUUUCUACAUCUCAUUUUGUUUCACUAAGAACUGAUGUUCUCCUACAAGGGGAAGAUUGAU